AUGCGCAUGAGCGGGCUCGGAGCAGACGGUAUCCGGGAUUGCCCAGCAGACGACAGUUGUGUGGGUAGUGUUUGCGUUGGUAACAGCUGUUCCACCGUGGUUCGUGGGUCCACGUUACGAAGCGAUCGUUGUAGCGGGAAAACAAGCCGACGGGGUAGUGCUGUCACGUUCCAGCUACCAGACGAGGACGCGGAGAGUAGUUGGGAGAGGGAUGAAUUUAGCCCUGGAGACGUCGCCAGUUCUCGGACAUUGCGGAGAAUGAGUGCGCCUGAACUGCCUCCUAUAGCUGGAGACAGAACCGCCAAGUGUCGGUCGCCUUCUGCAACGGAACAGUCGAGUUUCUACUCGAGGGUUAAAAACGGGUCCCAGUUACGCAGACACAACACGGACGGGUCUCUGAAGAACUCGAACCCUUCCCCUCACAGUCUGUCGUGCGAUUCCGUGAGUUCAUACCCGGCUAUCGGAAACGUCGGUAAUACUAACAGCCGGACUCGAUCGUCGGACCCCAGCACGGGUGGUGACACCGGGUCGACGACGAAGUUGCAGACGUUGUACGAGAGGAACAACAACGACAGCGGCGUCAAAAACCGCAUGGUUGCCCAGAAGACGCAGUCGCUCAUCAGCAAAAGUCGGUCCGUGUCCCAGGACAGGGUCCGUUCUAGAAUGGGACUGUUGACCACGAACGAUUCCGAAAUCGUCCCCAUCGAAAGCUACGCAAGUACGGCGAAACCGUUUCUGCGGAGAAACAAAUCGGAGCAGAAACUCACGGUUUACAAAAAGACGAAAAAUGUUCCCGCGAACAGCAGGACUAUCAGUGUUAACAACACGAACGUUUUCACAAAACCAUUCCGCCAUAAAAGUCACGUGCACUCUCACAAACUGAAGCGGUACAGCUCGACCCCCGUCAUGAAUUCGAUACAGGACAGCUGUUCGGACCGGCUCAAUAACGGACGGUUGGACGAUGGGGAGAAUUCCGAUAACGAGACGGAAAGGUUGGAACGGAUUUUCGAGUGGCUGCGCGGAGUGGAGUUCAGUUCAGCCGAGCAUCCACAGGAACCGGAAAUAGAAUACGCCGAUGAACCUCCACAGACAGACACCGCAGUGCAUGUGGUGUAUCAAGGGUAGAAUGCAAUACGUUACUGAGACUUCCCGUCUUCCCAGUGAGAACAUACUGUGUAAAUAUGUGUUUUGUGUUUUGUUUUGUUUUUUUUGUUUUGUUUUGUUUUGGGUUUUUUUUUAAGUUCGUUGUCACAAGGCUUUCCAGAGGACUCUUUAACAAGGUAAUGAAUUAUAUUAUUAUUGCAAAAUAAAGAUAUCUAUUAAUAAAUGCUACUGGGAAUAUUUACUGAGUAAAGCUUAUAGUAAUAAUAAUAUUUGAGAAUUAUAAGGUUCUAUCUGCAAUUUUUUUCCAAAAAUGAAUUAUCCAUUCUAUUUGAUAGAAAAUAAAAUUAUCUACAUAGUAAACAUCCUAGAAUGUGGUAUUUUAAGACAGAUGUUAUAUUAAAACUGUUGCAGGGACCUCUCUAUGACUCCGAUAUGGCAACUUCAAGUGGCGAUUUCUCAAAAUGAGGUUUUGUGCACAUAGAACCUUGUAAUUUUCCACUCACGUGACAGAUUAUAUCACCAAGUCAUACUUAACUAAUAGUGAGGAAUAAUGUUCUUGAGUAAACUGAUGUUGAGAAAGAAAAAUAGUACCGAUUAAUAUUACACGCAUUAUUCAGUACAAACUGUGUUUUGUGUGGGUGGGUGGGGAUUACCAGUAACCACAUCGCAAUGUAUACUUGAUUUACUAAGGGCUUGGAUACACAAACAAAUAUUGAUAGCUACUUGGUAAAGCGUUCAGUUUACCGUAGCAAAAUAGAAGAGAAAAAGAAAAUUAGGCCCAUUAAAUAUGCAAUUCUCCAAUUAACUUUAUUUGGCUCAUUAAUUAUGAAACAUACUGUAUUCUCCAAAUGUAACGCCAAUUUAUAUUUAACGAUUUCACGAACUGCAGCCUAAAUCCACGUUCGUAAUAUAUAGGCAAAGUUAACUCUUGUUAAACUAAAUAAAAGCAAUAAUCAAAAUAUUGAAUAGUUAGUCUGUAUUAGAAAGGCUCGAAAUUCACUUUGUGGAGUAAGACCUGAUAUUCAGUUGUUUAAUUUGGAAGCAAAAUGUUAGAAACUAAGAAUCCAUUCUACAAGGUAGUCUGGAAAUUAAAUAAAAACAAACACACAUAGACUUAUAGUUAGUGUGAGGUUUCUCAGUGCAUAAAUAAAACCCAAAUCCUGAUAGAUUUUUUUUGUUGUAUUGUACCUUUAACACUCAUUGUUGCCACUUGCCCGUUCCUGCAAUAACUUCUACGACCACUGACGUUUAUCUACACUUGGUGUUUGUAAGUCGACUGGUUGUAAUAAUACAAUAUAAUAUGUCUCUACUUCUAUAUGUUCUAUACAAUAUUAUAUGCAGACACUGUACGGUAAACUAUGCAAUUUCUGGAUCAGGGAUAUUUUUUGUAUUUUUUUUUAAAUGGCCUCAUAGGGACACACGAUAAUAUGUACAGUGGUGCGGGUGUCAAGCGCGGUUUAUGAGGUUUUUUUAACAGGGGGAAUAAUAUCAAUGACAUUUCAGUGGCGCUGAUAAUAAUCAAGAUGUUUCGAUGUCUUUAAAACUUAACUUAACCUUGCAGUUAGUGCGACAAGUUAUAUACAAUACGCCUGACGUAAUAACUGAGAAGAAUGUCAACAGGCAUCCAUUGCAUAAAUGAACAUUCAUUUCUUAGUCACGUAUAUUGCAUAAUUUACGGUAUUGUGUCAAACAUGGAGUUUGGUUAAUAGUUUUGUUGUAAUUGUGUUUAACAGUUGCUCGUUUAUUUCUGAAGAAUAUAUAAUAUAUCAGUUACUAAUAAUAUAUUUUAAAGAAC